GGGGAUGAAGAUGGCGGACGCCAAGCAGAAGCGGAACGAGCAGCUGAAGCGCUGGAUCGGGUCCGAGACGGACCUGGAGCCGCCCGUCGUCAAGCGCCAGAAGACCAAGGUGAAGUUCGACGACGGCGCCGUGUUCCUGGCCGCCUGCUCCAGCGGCGACGCCGACGAGGUCCUCAAGCUGCUGCACCGCGGCGCCGACAUCAACUACGCCAAUGUGGACGGGCUCACCGCCCUGCACCAGGCUUGCAUUGAUGACAACGUAGAUAUGGUGAAAUUUCUGGUGGAAAAUGGAGCAAAUAUUAAUCAACCUGAUAAUGAAGGCUGGAUACCACUCCAUGCAGCUGCUUCCUGUGGAUAUUUAGAUAUAGCCGAAUUUUUAAUUGGUCAUGGAGCCCAUGUAGGAGCUGUCAAUAGUGAAGGAGAAACACCGUUAGAUAUUGCUGAGGAGGAGGCCAUGGAAGAAUUGCUUCAAAAUGAAGUGAAUCGUCAAGGGGUCGAUAUAGAAGCAGCUCGAAAGGAAGAAGAACGGAUAAUGCUUAGAGAUGCAAGACAGUGGCUUAAUAGUGGACACAUAAAUGAUGUCAGACAUGCUAAAUCAGGUGGUACAGCCCUGCAUGUAGCUGCUGCUAAAGGGUACACUGAAGUCUUAAAACUCUUAAUACAGGCAAGCUAUGAUGUAAAUAUUAAAGAUUUUGAUGGCUGGACACCACUUCAUGCUGCAGCACACUGGGGUAAAGAAGAAGCAUGUCGAAUUUUAGUGGAAAAUUUAUGUGAUAUGGAGAUGGUCAACAAAGUGGGUCAGACAGCAUUCGAUGUAGCCGACGAAGACAUUUUAGGAUAUUUAGAAGAACUGCAAAAGAAACAGAAUCUGCUUCAUAGUGAAAAACGAGAAAAGAAAUCUCCACUAAUUGAGUCUACAGCCAACAUGGACAAUAAUCAAUCCCAGAAAACAUUUAAAAAUAAAGAAACCCUGAUUAUCGAGCCAGAGAAAAAUGCAUCCAGUAUUGAAUCUUUAGAGCAAGAAAAGGCAGAUGAAGAAGAAGAAGGGAAAAAGGAUGAAUCCAGUUGCUCUAGUGAAGAAGAUGAUGAAGAUGAUUCUGAAUCGGAAGCUGAAACAGAUAAGAGCAAACCUACACCAUCAGCUCCAAAUGCCAAUACCUCCAGUACCCAGCCUGCUUCGGUUGCCGUGACAGCACCUUCUAUUCCCACUGGACAGGCGACACCCACAUCACCUAUUAAAAAGUUUCCAACCUCUACAACCAAGGUUUCUCCCAAAGAGGAGGAGAGAAAAGAUGAAUCCCCCGCUUCUUGGAGGUUAGGCCUUAGAAAGACUGGCAGUUACGGAGCACUUGCUGAAAUCACAGCUGCAAAAGAAGCUCAGAAAGACAAGGACUCUGCAGGUGUUAUGCGUUCAGCUUCAAGUCCCAGGCUUUCUUCUUCACUAGAUAACAAAGAAAAGGAGAAAGAUAGUAAAGGAACUAGACUUGCAUAUGUUGCACCUACAAUACCAAGACGAUUAGCCAGUACAUCUGACAUUGAAGAGAAAGAAAACAGAGACUCCUCUUCUGCUUUACGAACGAGUAGCUCCUACACAAGAAGAAAAUGGGAAGAUGACAGCAAGAAAAAUAGCUCAAUUAAUGAAGGAUUAGGAUCAUAUUAUAAAAGUUGCUCCUUUGGUAGAAGACAAGAUGAUUUGAUUAGUUCUAGUGUUCCAAGCACCACAUCAACACCAACAGUUACCUCUGCUGCCGGGCUUCAGAAAAGCCUGCUUUCCAGCACAAGCACUACCACAAAGAUUACAACGGGUUCUUCUACAGCUGGCACACAAAGCAGUACCUCAAAUCGUUUGUGGGCUGAGGAUAGUUCUGACAAAGAAAAAGACAAUGUUCCUACGGCAGUGACCCUUCCUGUUGCGCCAACUGUUGUAAAUGCUGCGGCUUCUACCACAACCAUGACUACUGCUGGCACUGUGUCCGCAACAUCAGAGGUCAGGGAGAGACGCAGAUCGUACCUCACUCCUGUUCGAGAUGAAGAAUCAGAAUCCCAAAGAAAAGCAAGAUCUAGACAAGCAAGACAGUCCAGAAGAUCCACACAGGGGGUGACAUUGACUGAUCUUCAGGAAGCUGAAAAAACUAUAGGAAGAAGUCGUUCAACUCGAACCAGAGAACAGGAGAAUGAAGAGAAAGAGAAAGAGGAAAAAGAAAAACAAGACAAAGAAAAACAAGAAGAGAAGAAAGAAUCGGAAAUAUCUAGGGAGGAUGAAUAUAAGCAAAAAUAUUCCAGAACAUAUGAGGAGCCCUAUCAACGUUACAGACCAGUAUCAACUUCAAGUUCGACUACUACGUCAUCCUCUUCACUUUCCACUAUCAGUAGCUCACUCUAUGCUUCAAGUCAAUUAAACCGGCCAAACAGCCUCAUAGGUAUUACGUCGGCAUACUCCAGAGGUUCAACAAAGGAUAAUGAAAGAGAAGGGGAUAAAAGGGAGGAAGAAAAAGAAGGAGAAGAUAAAUCACAGCCCAAAUCAAUAAGGGAACGACGGCGACCAAGAGAGAAACGGAGAUCUACUGGAGUCUCAUUCUGGACACAAGAUAGUGACGAAAACGAGCAGGAGCAACAGUCUGACACAGAUGAGGGAACGAAUAAGAAGGAAUCUCAGGCUGAUGCUCUUUCAAGAUAUGAAACAGGAUCCACUGGGACAUCAUCUAGUGACCGUUAUGAUUCCUUACUGGGCCGUUCUGGGUCAUAUGGUUAUUCAGAAGAAAGAAAACCUUACUGUAGCAGGCUAGAGAAGGAAGAAACAACAGACUUCAAGAAGCUGUAUGAACAAAUUCUGGAGGAAAAUGAAAAACUGAAAGCGCAGCUACAUGACACGAACAUGGAACUGACUGAUCUAAAAUUGCAAUUGGAAAAAGCUACCCAGCGUCAGGAAAGAUACGCCGACAGGUCACUAUUGGAAAUGGAAAAACGGGAACGAAGAGCUCUAGAAAGAAGAAUAUCUGAAAUGGAAGAGGAGCUCAAAAUGCUUCCAGAUCUGAAAGCAGACAACCAGAGGCUAAAAGAUGAAAAUGGGGCCUUGAUCAGGGUUAUAAGCAAACUUUCCAAAUAAAAAAGGUUUUACUCCAGCAGCAAGCGACGGCAUUGCCCAUGACCAGUAACUUCAUUGGACCAUAGCUGGCAGUCACUGGAAACCUUGGAGAAGAAAGAGUCCUUGGAGACUGUCAUUUACAGAUACCCUGCCAAACACCUUCUUUACCUAUGGUCUUUGGGGUUUUUUGUUUUUGUUUUGGGUGGUCUUUUUUUUUGUUUGUUUUUUGGGGUUUUUUUGUAUCAAGUUCAUUGUUUCAUGUUAAUACAGCUGCUGAGAAGAUAAAAUGACUGAAAAAUCUUGUUUACAACUACAGCAUAUAAGGAAAGUGUUCAAGGCCAGAUUUGCCUCCGAUAUUUAACCAGUAAGCCUUAGUUGUACAUAAACACUUUUGCAUCAAGAAAAGCUUUCAGCGAUCACAGAAGACAGUUACUCAACAACUUUUCGGUUUUUUUCUGUGCCACGGUUUCCAGUUUUUCUAUAUUACAUUUUUAUUUCCUUUACAUCAAAGUUUGGAUGUUUAUUUUUUUUCCUUUUAACUAUUCGUGUCCAUGUGUAAGUGCGUGUGUGCGUGUGAAUUUUUUUCCCUUCGUAUGAUGUUUUCACAGCGUUCUCGUUACAAGUACACAUGCCUGUCUCGAUUGCAUCUUUGUGUAGCAAGCAUGUGCUUUGUGGUCUAACCACCUGGAAUUGAAAUGCAAGGUGGAACAUUUGCUUUCACUAUUUGUGCAAUAUGCAUUUAUUUCUUAUAUAAAAUGCUUUAAAGUCGGUUGAAAUUAGAAUACUUUUAUGAGCCCCAUUUUCUGCCUCUAUUGGUCACAUUUUUUUUUAGUUUGUAGUGUAAGGUGUUCAAUACUGUAACCUUCACAUUCAUUUUAGCAGGUACUGAGUGAUGCUGUAUAUAUAAAUGUGUACUGUUUUGAUUUUUUUGGACCACAACAUGGCAUGCUUGAAUAUGUUUCCUUGCUGCAGAUGUCUGUUAAUGCAAAGUAGGCUACUCCAGAAUAGUGUUUAACAAAAUCUGCUAACUUUGUGGUAUAUGGAAUUGAGCUAUUACACAUUAUAUGGAGCCCUAUCUUUAAAAAAGUUUCUACUGUAGUUUUCCUUUUCCUCCCAUUUUCAUUUGAUAGCAUUCACCAUAAUUACAAGUUGCAUCCAUAUUAACUGCUUCACUACAUUUCACAUACCUAUAUUUAUCUGAGUGCUGCCCAAAGUAAUGUGUAUGAAAUAACUUGCAAACCUUGCCCAUUAUUCACAUUAAUGUUUAUAUGCACUGUCAUUGCCAUGUGAAGAGGCACCCUAAUUUGAUAUUACCCAUCAUCGCAGACAAUUUUAUACAUUUCAGUGGCCUUUUUAAAGAUUAAACAAAGUAUUUAAGUGAGGAUGGCUUUUGUUAGAGACAAACAGCUUUUAUAUUUUCAUGAAACCAUGCGAAAACAUGACAUUUUACUGGCACAUAAUUGAUUUCCUAAAACCACUGAAGAGUUCAGCCAUUGAAAUAAAUUGUACAUUAAAAAGCUUGCAGAACUAUUGUAUUAUUGAUCAUAUUGUAUACUAUAUUAAAUGUGAAUUUGUACCCCUUCAUUUAAAAAGGUCAUUGUGUUCUACUGCCUACUUUUUGGGUUG